AUGUUUCUUGUUGAUUCUGGGUACUGUUUCCCAUUUUCAUUAAGACUUAAUGGUGUCUUUUUGCGCCGUCUGAAGAUUUCCAACUCAUUCACUUCAUUUAUACACUCAUCCUUCUGUUUUUCUUUCUUUCUUUCUUUCUUUUCAGUUCAUUUUCUUUCUUUUCAAUUCAUUUUCUUUCUUUCUUUCUUUCUUUCUUUCUUUCUUACCAAUUCAUUUCUUUCUUGCGUACCAAUUCAUUUUCUUUCUUUCUUUUCAGUUCAUUUUCUUUCUUUCUUUCUUUCUUUCUUUCUUUCUUUCUUUCUUUCUUUCUUUCUUUUGUUUUUUUCAUUUUCUUUCUUUCUUUCUUUCUUUCAUUCUUUGUUUGUUUGUUUCUUUCUUUCUUUCUUACCAAUUCAUUUCCCUCUUUUUAUUCAAUUCAUUUUCUUUCUUUCUUUCUUUCUUUCUUUCUUUCUUUCUUUCUUUCUUACCAAUUCAUUUUCUUUUUUCUUUUCAAUUAAUUUUCUUUCUUGCGUACCGAUUCAUUUUCUUUCUUUCUUUUCAGUUCAUUUUCUUUCUUUCUUUCUUUCAUUCUUUGUUUGUUUGUUUGUUUCUUUCUUUUUUUCAUUUCUCUUUUAUUCAAUUCAUUUUCUUUCUUUCUUUCUUUCUUUCUUUUCUUCUUUUCUUUCUUUUUCAAUUCAUUUUUUUUUCUUUUCAAUUAAUUUUCUUUCUUUCGUACCGAUUCAUUUUUUCAUUUUCUUUGUUUGUUUUUUUGUUUGUUUCUUUGUUUCUUUCUUUCUUCUUUCUUUCUUUCUUUUCAAUUUAUAUUCUUUCUUUCUUAGCAAUUCAUUUUUCUUUCUUUUAAAUUCAUUUUCUUCAUUUUCUUUCUUUCGUUUCAAUUCACCUUCUUACAGCCUUCAAUUUUUUUUCUUUCUUUUCAAUUCGUUUACUUUCCUUCUUUUAUAUUCAUUUUCAUUCUUUCUGAUUCAAAAAUUAUUUUCUUUUCUUUUAUCAAUUCAUGUAUUUUUUUUUCAAUUUAUUUCUUCCAUCAUUUCAAUUUCUUUUCUUUCUUUUUUUAAUUCAUGUUCUUAUAUUUUUUUCUUUUCAUUUAAUUUUCUUUCAAUCUUUUCAAUUCAUUUGCUUUCCUUCUAUUCAAUUCAUUUUCUUUCUAUUCGAUUCAUUUUCUUUCUUUCUUUUCAAUUCAUUCUCUCUCCUUCUUUUCAGUUUUCUUCUUUAUUUCUUUUCAAUUCAUUUUCUUUUAUUCUAUUCAUUUCAUUUUCUUUCAUUUUAUUCAAUUCAUUUUCUUUCAUUCUUUUCGAUUCAUUUUCUUUGUUUCUUUUCAAUUCAUUUUCUUUUCUUCGUUUCAAUUUAUUUUCUUUUUUCAUUUACAAUAAAUUUUCUUUCUGUCUUUUCAGUUCUUUUAGUUUUUUUUUUCCAUUCAUUUCCUUCAUUUUUUCUUCGUUAUCUAAUCCUUAG